AAAGAUCUGACCUCAGGUUUCAGGAAGUCUUGAGGCUUUAACACAGUCUGUGUCUUUAACUGUCUGUCAUCAUUCAGUCAGUAUGGAGCUCCGUCAACUUCCUCUUGUGCUCUUGCUGAUUUCAAACAUCCACUCUCAACAAACUGAAGAUAUUCCCAGACCAACCCUGACUGUUGAGCCACAGAGUUCACUGUUCACUGGAGACUCAGUUACUCUGAGAUGUGAGGUGAAUCAGUCAUGGGAUAGAUGGGAGUUUAUCCGGAGUAGAGACUCAAACACUGAAUCUACUGAAGCUGCAACUAAAACAAUCAAUUCAGUGACCGUCUCUGAUGGAGGAGAGUACAGGUGCAGAGCACAAAGAGGAAAACUUUACACAAAUUACAGUGAACCAGUAACAGUGACAAUAAACGAUUUUCCCAAACCAACUCUGACUGUUGAGCCACAGAAUUCACUGUUCACUGGAGACUCAGUUACUCUGAGAUGUGAGGUGAAUCUUACAUGGGAUAGAUGGGAGUUUAUCCGGAGUGGAGACUCAAACAAUGAAUCUACUGAAGCUGCAACUAAAACAAUCAAUUUGUAUAAAGUCUCUGAUGGAGGAGAGUACAGGUGCAGAGCACAAAGAAGAGGACUUUACACAAAUUACAGUGAACCACUAACAGUUACAAUAAACGAAAAACCAAAGGCCAAAGUGAGCAUUAAACCUGAUCAACAUGUAUUCAGAGGAGAGACAGUCACUCUCAGAUGUGACAUUGAUGGUGAAGGAGUCACUAGCUGGAAGUACAGCUGGUAUAAAGACGGUUCAGACAGUGUUUUCAGUAAAAAACAGGAACACACAUUCAGUUCUGUUACUGAGUCUGACGCAGGUAAAUACUCCUGUUAUGGAGCAGAGAGAAGAGGAUCACGAACAUCACACAUCAGUGAUGAAGUUACACUGACAGUAUCAGAUAGACCCAGAGCAGUUUUAAGUGUUUCUCCACAGAAGUGGUUGACUGAAGGAGAUCCAGUGACUCUGAUCUGUGAGGUUAAAGACUCCUCUACAGACUGGACAUUCAGCUGGUACACUGUGACUGUUUCAUCAGGCUACAGAAAACAUAAUUAUCAGCUUCUCUCAGACAGCAGCAGAGGAGCUGGAGGAAACUACACGGUCAGUUCUGCUGCUCUAAAUCACACAGGAGUUUAUGUGUGCAGCGCAGAGAGAGAAAAACCACCCUAUUACACAUGGUACAGCAAUGAACAACUACUAUGGGUCACUGGUGUUUCUCCUCCAGUCUCUCUGAUCAUCAGUCCCAACAGAACUCAACACUUCACAUCUGUCUCUCUCUCUCUGAGCUGUGAGGACCAGAGUAACUCUGAUAGAUGGACAGUGAGAAGAUACACAGACAAUGAGCGGCUGGAAUAUUGUUCAUCAUCUCACUGGGGAUCACAGACAGGAUCUACAUGUACAAUCAGCUCCACCGUCCCAUCAGACACUGGAGUGUACUGGUGUCAGACUGAAUCUGGAGAGAACAGUCAUCCUGUUAAUAUCACUGUACACCCUGAUGUUAUUCUGGAGAGUCCUGUUCAUCCUGUGACUGAAGGAGAUUCUCUGACUCUACGCUGUUUAUAUCAACGCUCAACUCCACCAAUCCUCAGAGCUGAUUUCUAUAAAGAUGGAUCACUCAUCCAGAAUCAAACUCCAGAGAUGAUCAUCUCUACUGUCUCAAAGUCACAUGAGGGUUUCUACUACUGCAAACACCCAGAGAGAGGAGAGUCACCCAAGAGCUGGAUCUCAGUCACAGAAAGACCAAAAGCCAAAGUGAGCAUUAAACCUGAUCAACAUGUAUUCAGAGGAGAGACAGUCACUCUCAGAUGUGACAUUGAUGGUGAAGGAGUCACUAGCUGGAAGUACAGCUGGUAUAAAGACGGUUCAGACAGUGUUUUCAGUGAACUACAGGAACACACAUUCAGUUAUGUUACUGAGUCUGACGCAGGUAAAUACUCCUGUUAUGGAGCAGAGAGAGGAGGAUCACGAACAUCACACAUCAGUGAUGAAGUUACACUGACAGUAUCAGGUGAGUUUGAUCAUCUCUUCAUAAACACACACAAGUUUAACAUGUUAUUAAUGAGUGAUUUCUGUAUUUCAGAUAAACCCAGAGCAGUUUUAAGUGUUUCUCCACAGAAGUGGUUGACUGAAGGAGAUCCAGUGACUCUGAUCUGUGAGGUUAAAGACUCCUCUACAGGCUGGACAUUCAGCUGGUUCACUGUAACUCUUUCAUCAGACAACAGUCAUCAUUAUAAGUUGCUCUCAGACAGCAGUAGAGGAGCUGGAGGAAACUACACUGACAGUUCUGUUGAUCAAAUACACACAGGAGUUUAUGUGUGCAGCGCAGAGAGAGGAAAACCUGCCUAUAAAACAAACAUCAGCAACAUGCAGCCACUAUGGGUCACCGGUGUUUCUCCUCCAGUUUCUCUGAUCAUCAGUCCCAACAGAACUCAACACUUCACAUAUGUCUCUCUCUCUCUGAGCUGUGAGGACCAGAGUAACUUUACCGGAUGGACAGUGAGAAGAUACACAGACCAUGGGCAGCUGGAAGAUUGUUUACUAUCACGCUGGGGAUCACAAAAAGGAUCUACGUGUAAAAUCAUCUCCACUGACCCAUCAUACACUGGAGUGUACUGGUGUCAGUCAGAAUCUGGAGAUAGCUAUAACCUUGUUAAUAUCACUGUACACAUUGGUUUGAUUCUGGAGAGUCCUGUUCAUCCUGUGUCUGAUGGAGAUUCUCUGACUCUACAUUGUUUAUAUCCAUAUACAAGCCCACCAAUCCUCAGAGCUGAUUUCUAUAAAGAUGGAUCACUCAUCCAGAGUCAAACUACAGAGAUGAUCAUCUCUACUGUCUCAAAGUCACAUGAGGGUUUCUACUACUGCAAACACCCAGAGAGAGGAGAGUCACCCAAGAGCUGGAUCUCAGUCACAGAAGUCUCAAAUGAAUCUUGCUGUAUAUCGUCUCAUUCAGAAUCUCAGAUCUCUGUCCUCCACACACUCAGUUCUAUACUGGCAGUUUGUCCAUAUCUGAUAGUGACAGUCUUGCUGAUCUUCAAGUGCUGCAGGAUGAGAGUUACAUCUGUUGAAGAGGAAGAAACUGUUGUUUGACAUUCUAUUGGGAUGGUGAGAAAUGUCAGCUUCAUCCUGAAUUUCUCUUUAUUCCUCUUCAUUCUCUAUUAUCCUUUUCACAAGCUUUUACUUAGCUUCUGGCAGUUAACUUGCUUUAAUGACCAAAUUUUUAGAGCGAUAAAUGCAUUUAAAUGCAAGAGUGAAUCCCAUUAGUUAUUGUACUCACUGUGUAAGAAAUACAGAAGUCACUCCGAUUGACGAUGGCUAAACAUUUGCUCUUUCUGUGUAAGACUGUUUAUAACCACAUCAUUUGUAUAAGCAUGUAUAUUCCUUAUUUUAGCCCAAGAUUCCUGACUUAUAUCACUGCUAAGCUUUGUAGGUUUUUAAAAUGUACCUGUCCAUGUUUCCUUGUUUAUAUAUAUAUAUAUAUAUAUAUAUAUAUAUAUAUAUAUAUAUAUAUAUAUAUAUAUAUAUAUAUAUAUAUAUAUAUAUAAUUAUAUUGAAGAUUCUUGGAGUGUGACCUUGUUACUUGAACAGUAAAAAAAAGGAACAACAGCCUCUUAUUACAAUGUUUUAUCUUUUACAUGCCAAUCUCGACAUAUUUGUUGACAACUGAUUUGUAUGGUUUCCAGAGCCAGUGAAUUCACAUGCUUAUUUUUACACAUACUGUUGUUUUGCCUGGUGUGUGAAAAUGCAUGCUAGUGUUUGUAAGAGCUGUCUGUGGUGGAUACAUUCUGGUGGUCUUUAAAAACGCAACUGAACAGGAGCACAUGGUGUCAAAUACUGAAUAUGUUUUUAAAUUUGUGAAAAUCGAAGAUAGUGUUGAUAGUUGUGAGAAAUCUUCUAGAAAAUGUUAUGCUUGUUUUUUAUAAUGGAUUUUAAUGUCUAAGCAAUUAACUGUAUUAAGGUUAGAUAUGUAUUAAUUAAGAAGCAAUUAAGCAAAUACUCUGUACUAUGUUAUUCUGCGGGCACCACUUAGACAUCCAGCCAUUGAGUGAUGACAAUCUGCUAUGUAUCUCUCUAUGUAUCUGUGAGGGGACCAGACCAUAUUACAGUGUCUGACAUCAUGCUUGCAAGUUCACACACCUCUUUUUUAGCGAAUAAAAAACAUGAAUAAAUUA